GAAAUGUUCAGUCAGGUAAGCGUGCGCCCCCAAAGUCUUCCCUGGUUCUGACGGUAAGGGGUGCCGAAGACCCCUUCCAGGCUACUUUCAAAGACAGAGCCUGGCAGCAUUUUGAGCAGGCAAGCUUUCAGGACUCACCCAUGAGGGGGGUGGGGGGGCUUAGAAAGGUGCGCAUGCGCAAAAGACAAGUUCAGAGCAAGGACAGAAAGCCCCACCCCUGGGAGGAGACCCGGAGGCAGAUGUCCAUGGUAGGCGGUGCUGGGCUUUCAGUUCUGGUGCACCAUACGUCUUUGCAGGCGUUGCUCUUUCCAGUCCUUGUUUCCUGGGAAGUCUGUGGAGUCCGAGAGGCUGGUCUUAGGUUCCCCAUGGCGGAGGCUAACAACGAGCGCGACCAGAGGCAGGUGUACAUGCAAGAUGGUUGCUGUUAUGAUAAAGCUUGAGGGGACCUUGCAUGGAUUCCAUGGCAGAAUGAGGAGAUUGAAGCAAUGGCAGCUAUUUAUGGCGAGGAAUGGUGUGUCAUUGAUGAUUGUGCCAAAAUAUUUUGUAUUAGAAUCAGUGACGACAUAGAUGACCCCAAAUGGACACUUUGCUUGCAGGUGAUGUUACCGAGAGAAUAUCCAGGUACAGCACCACCUGUUUAUCAGUUGAAUGCUCCUUGGCUGAAAGGGCAAGAACGUGCAGACUUAUCAAACAGCCUUGAGGAAAUAUAUAUACAGAAUAUUGGUGAAAGUAUUCUUUACCUGUGGGUGGAGAAAAUAAGAGAUGUUCUCAUACAGAAAUCUCAAACAGAGCCAGAUCCAGAUGUAAACAAAAAAACUGAAAAGAAAACAGUUGAACGUGAACGUGAACGUGAACGUGAACGUGGCCCCAUUGUAAAAAAGCAGCCAGCAAAUACAGCUAAAAAAGGAGCCCGCAAAGUCAGCGAACCAGUACCAGAAGUAGAAGAAUUGCCUCCAAUUGAUCAUGGCGUUCCUAUUACAGACCGAAGGAGCACUUUUCAGGCACAUGUGGCCCCCGUAGUCAAUCCUAAGCAGGUGAAAAUGGUUCUUUCCAAAUUGUAUGAGAAUAAGAAAGUAGCCAGUGCCACCCACAAUAUCUAUGCAUACAGGAUAUUCUGUGAGGACAAGCAGACCUUCUUGCAGGACUGUGAGGAUGAUGGAGAAACAGCUGCUGGGGGUCGUCUUCUUCAUCUCAUGGAGAUUUUGAAUGUGAAGAAUGUCUUGGUGGUGGUAUCCCGUUGGUAUGGAGGAAUUCUGCUAGGACCCGAUCGUUUCAAACACAUCAACAACUGUGCCAGGAACAUACUGGUGGAGAGGAACUUUACAAGCUCACCUGAGGAGUCAUCUAAGACUUUGGGAAAGAAGAAAGUGAAAAAAGACAAGAAGAGGAAUGACCAUUAAUACUUGAAACUAUUUAAAAGGUUAAUUAUCGAGUCAUUCUGUACACAUUCCACAGUUAGUGGUUAACGAAUACACAAAGAUGGUACACUUGACAGCUCAAGUCAGCCAGUUCAUCAUGGACACCAGCAUUAUGUUUCCUUCUUUGGUUCUAUCACUUGUAAAAAAUAGAGAAUUUAGGAUAUAGUCACAUGUGUUUCAGGCUUGUGUGGGAAAACUGAUAUGAGCUUAGUUGCCAUUUCAUGUAACUUGGAAGGGGACAGGUGCAGGGCAUUGUACCUGAGCUAACUGUCUAUUUCAGUUUGUGUUGAGUGCCUUUGUUUGGGAGGGAAGAUGUAUAUUCAGAAGACUAUAAAUGCCUGAUUUCUUGUGAUACAAAAUUCUUAUACCAUUAAAUGACCAUGCAUUACUGCUCCCUAUAGCAUAUUAAGAUUGGGAGCUCAUUGAAGACUGAGUUCUUGGAGACUCUUUUCAUUGUGAUUUUACAAGUUUGCCGCUUUUCAUUUAAUAGUGUUCAUCAUGGACUAAUAGAUUAAGUGAUAAUCCAGGAGUAUCCAUCUGUGAUUAUGUGCCAAAGUGGUAAUUUAACAUAUUCACUAGCCCAAGUGGCAUGAAUUACUCGGUUUUGUUGCAAAUUGGUGUUUGUGAAAUUUCAAAAAGUGAUUUUGUAAGUCUCUGCCCUUUGUUCAUUCCUAUAAUGAAACACAGUGAGCAUUGAGUCUCAAUAGUUCUUCCAUUCCUUAAGUGUGUUGAUGUAACCUUACAGUGUCUCUGAACAAACUUUCUGUGUUCUUCCCCAUGUGUGGUUAAGGGGACACUUAGAGAAUAAGGUAAAAGUGGAAGAAUGCCACUGAUGCAGAGUAGAACGGGACUAGUUUGAUGCACACUUGCAUCUGUCUUUUGGCCAGAUUCUUUUAGUUCUAUGAUUUUUGUUGAGAGAUAGAGGGACAAAUCUUCUGAUUAGAAAAAAAAUCUAUCCCCACAGAUUCUUGGCAAAUCUCCCGUUCUAACAGUGUCUAUUUAUUUUUUACCUGCAUAUUACUUGUAAGGAAAAAAAUGUAGGUAAAUUGCACACUGUUAUGUUUCAGAUAUGAUGCCAACAGUUAGUAAGUUGAGCAACAGGCUUGUUUGACUGCCCUCCCAAGGAAGGGACCAGAAGUUAGGAAACAGCUUUGGGAUGGCACUGGAGCAUGGAGCAUCUGAGGUUGGGCAGAUGUUUUUCUCUAACCUUUAACCCUAAAAGAUCCACAGCCACACUUGGUAUUUUAAAUAGGAAUCCAGGAGCCAGCUUUACACUAGAGUGGGUUCUGAGAUAGAAGUCUUAUUUUCAACAUUAUUUAAUGUUGUAAGUUACUGAGAAUUAUAGGAUGACCUAUAUGUGUGUAUUUGGAGCACUUACCUCUGUUUCCAUGAAAUGCUGAGUAUAUCCUAUGUAUUAACUAUUACGGAAUUUAGACAUUAUUUGCUAAAGAUAAUUUCAUAGUCUCGACAUUUUAGACUGUGAAAAGCGAUAAAAGCAUUAAGACUUAUGCUGUAGGAAGAAGGAGUAAUUUUCCCAGCACACUGGUUUCUUUCCUGGUGUUUUGUCUAAAAUGUAUUAGUUCUUACAGACGACAAAACAUUUUUUAAAUAUCUCUAAUCUUAUUUUCCUUCACAUAAAAAAUGUUAUGUUUUCCAAGAUUACUAACUACAUUUUGUGGGUUGAGAUCCUUAACCUUCUUCACUGCAGGUGAGAGGAAAGAUCCCAAACUCUCCAGUUCUAACUCCUGAAAUUAUAUUUCACACUUACCAUCAAUGCAAAAUAAUGGUAGCACACUUUUCUCUACCAAGAUAGAGAAAAAUCAUAUGUAGAGAAUUUUCUAGUUCUCCGAAUAUUAACUUUCGAUAGCCAAGCAGAGUCUGUUGUGGUGUUGUCUGUAUUCAAGUGUUCUUCACAUGCCGGUAUAUAAAAUCAAAUAGCAUCUACUUUGAUGGUCAUAGCAGUAGCUGCAUGAAGGAAUUUGCCUGCAAGACAGGCUUUUGGAAGGAAAUUCUUUCAAACCAAUCACAGAAUAGAUGAAGCAGAUACUGUGUGCAGGGCAGGUUGAGUAUAGUGGGAAAAUUGUAACCAUAUCCAGUCCACUAAAGAGAUAACCGUAAAUGGUGUAUACAGUUCUUAUUUUUUUCUUAUGCAUGAUUUUGUAUAUAUGGCUAUUUUUCUUUCCAUAAAGUGGUAUUAAACUAUAUAUACUGUUUUUUAUCCUACACAUUUCAUAUAGAAGUAUAUUGUUAACAUUUUCCCAUAUCAAUAAAUAUUCUUCUAUGGCGUAACUUUUUAUGACCUCAUUGUAUUCUGUCUUCCGGGUACAGUGUAAUACAUAAACUCAUCCCCCAGUUGUUUUCAACAAGUUUUCUUAAUCUUCAGAUAUUAGCUCUUAGAAGCAAAUAUUUUUUCAUUGCAUGAAAGUUUUUAUAUAUAUCCCUAUUAGGAAAAUGUAGAAAUAGAAUUCUUCAUGAAGAGUUUAUAUAUUCUCAAAGUGCUUCAUAGACUAGCUCCAUUUGUCUUUAUCCUCAUUACAAUUAGCAAAUGCUCAGUUUUUUUAAAAGUGGGAAAAUAAGCAGUGUGGUUGGUAAAAUGUCCAUAAAAGUGUAAAUAUAGGAGCCCUUUAUACCUAUAACUCAGUCCUCCAUAGUAAUAGUGUCACAUAAAGUCCCGAGUUUCAUUUCUAAACUAAGGAAAUACAUUCUAGACACAACUCCUUUGUUAAAUACAGGUUUACAAUUUCCCUUAAUAUGGAGCCACCUUCCUUGUCUUAGUGGUGCCUGCUCACAAAGACCUGAAUCAUCUUCCUCCCACUUUUUUGGAGCUGCUGGGAAUAGAACCCAGGGCUUUGUACAUGUUAGGCAAGCCAUAUAUCCUCAGGUGUUUCCUCUUUUUGUACAUCAUUUUUUGUUAUUGGUGGUAUCAUGUGUAAAAACUACUUCAUGGCCAUAAAUACUUCCUUUAAAAAGGUUUUUAUUUGUGUAUGCCUAUGCCAGAAGUCAAAGUUCGAGAUGGUGUGUCACUAAACCUGGAGCUCAUCAGUUGGGCUAGUCUGCUGAUCAUUGAACUUGAGGCAUUAUCCAUGGGUGCUGGAGAUCCAAUCACAGUCUUCAUGUGUGGCCGUAUAUUCUUUGUGAUUUAUUAAAGCAUGUCUGAGGAUUCAGAAAACAAAGCCAGCCUCAAGCUAUAGAGAUCAGGUGGUGGUGGCAUACAACUUUAAUCCCAGGACUCGGGAGAAAGGCAGAUGGAUCUCCGAGUUAAAGACCAACCACCCUGGACUACUGGAGAGUAAAUCAGAGCUCAUGCCUUUAAUCCCAGGAUUUGAGAGGUGUAAAAGGUGCAUUCAGUCUGAGAGUCUCUAGCCAUGCUGAGGAAAGCAUAGCAGUCUGAGUGAAUCUGAGGAGCAGUGAAGUUGGGAGCGGUUUGAGGCUUUCCCCUUUGUUCUGAGCUAGUGGCUGGCUGCUUUGCUUUUCUGAUCUUCAGCUUGAAGCUUGAACCUCAAAAUCUGUCUCUGGCUCUGUUAUUCAUCAUGUUACAAUUGGCAUCCAAUGAUAGAGUACAAAUACACAAAAAAGCCUCUUUGUGGCCACUGGCCCAGGCCCAAGCCUGAUCUGGAGACAGGACUCUCACUUGAGUUCCUCCUGCCUGAGUCUCUGCCAGAAGAGCUGGAUUUUCUCCUCAAAUCUUUGAGCAAGUGUACAGUUUUUUGAUUGUAGCUUUUCUAAGCAGUCUUACGCUGCCACCCAAACUUGGGGCAACUUUCAGGCUAUUUCCACAGCCUCUCUUCCUGAUUGACAUUCUCAGCUUAUGGCCACAAGCAAAUUCUCCAAUUCAGACCUCACAGUUCACUGUCAUCAUCGUCGUCGGAUUUGGUAAGUCAAUUGGAAAUUCUUAAAGGAGGGCAUUAGUUAAAAAACGCGAUUUUUUUUCCCACACUAAAAUGAAAAAUACUAUAAAAUGGAGAGAUUAUAUAAUGGAUGGUUUAAAAAUGGAACAACUAAAUGAAGGGAUAAUCAACUGCAAUUGACAUACUGUUAUCACUUUUGUUAGUCUUUGUUGUCCUUUUGAUAAUUCUUGGUUUAUCUCUAAAAGUGUUGGUUGGUAUGAAUGCUAAGAUGCAGGCCUUAGAAAAACUUAUUAAAGCAGAUUAUAGAGAUAUUCAAACCCAAACUGAGGAAUUACAUGGAGAACCAAAUUCAGCAUUACAUUUUAAGGUUACAAAGGAACACGCUAAGGCCUUAAGAGAACCACCACCAUUAAUAUAUCCGGUAACCUUACAGGAAGUGCCAAGUGAUAGAUGUUCUAAACAGCUACUUGGACGUCUGUGACAAUGGUAGAUUUAGGGAAAAAAGAAACACUCAGAGGAUCAAUUGUGUAUGAGUCUAUUCUUUCUCUCAGGCCCCCUAGGUUAUAUUUUGUCAGCUAUAGAGCCUUAUCUGGACUCUGUAAGGGAUCACCAAAAGGGGGCUGGGAUCCCGGAAAAGAAUUCUGAAAAGAAUACAGUCGUAGAAUUAAAAAGGUAGAUUAUUGAAUCUACUUCUAAAAAUUAUAGAUAUGAUAAGAUAAAAAGUAACUACUAGUUUUAAAUAUUUUACAUUAGAUUGGCCUUCUGUAUAUUGUAUAUAAAUAUUGUAUAUUGAUACAAAUUUGGAGAUUAAUUUGUUAAGACAUUGUACAUAUGUUUCUAAUCUUGUUCAAGGUAAUGCAAAUUAUCAAUGUAAUGCAAAUUUCUAGUUCUUGAAAGUUAUUACCAACCAUAUGAGAUAAUAUGGAAAUGUAGGUGAGUAAUUAGUCACCUAUUACAAUUGAACCUGUAAUCACAUUAGGUGUGUUUUCAAGGUCAACUAGAGAUAUAUUUUAGAUAGACAGGUCAUCUUCAAACACUUCAGAGACCUACAGAAUAUGGCAUUUAAAAUGUUUUAAUAAUAUAGGUAUUUUUGUGACAAUGAUACUUGUUUGUUCCUGGCAGCACCAAUCUGCUUUAGAGAAGAUGAUGGGCAUUGAAGAAACUCCACAUGGAGUUUACUUUCUUUGUGGCAAAUGUUAGCCACUGGGCAGGAAAGUGCCCUUGCCUUGACUGCUGAUAGUAUGCUGUACAAAUUGGACAAGAAGAAUACAAAAGAAAGGACUGCAAAACCUUGCCAAGACAAAGCAGGACAGCCUUUCAGAAAAUCCCACUUCACAGAAAAGUCUGUCAGAGAUGCUAGGCCUGUAGGCUGAAGA